AUGCAGAAGGCUAUACGAAGUGUAUAUAUGGUACCUGAUCUUCCUGUGAAGGACAUAGUGCAGUACUUCAAUGAAAUGGAGAUAGGUAUGAAGGUAAGUGAUAUUCUUAAGCCAACUGUACAAUCUACGCAGAAAAUAUAUGAGAUACUUCUAGAUGUUUAUUGUGGAAUAAGAGUGGCUGAUAUUGCUGCAAGGAUGAGUGAGGUGGAGAAUACAGUUGCAUAUGAAGAGUCUCUGACAUAUGUUUUAUUGCAGAAGAAGAUGGCGUGGUUUCUUGCUAAAAUAGGAUUUGAUGGGUUUGGACUGAAGGAUCUUGGGCCAGACUCGAAAAGGUUGAUUGCGAUACUGAGUGUGGUGGUGAAUUUUUCUAUGUUUAGAGAUAACAAGCGCCAUGUGUAUGAAAGAGUGUGUCAAAUGAACGAUGAAAAGCUGCUUUUGAAGAAUGAGAUUGAGGAUAAAGUCAAUGAUGCGAAAAAAGAGCUGGAAAGGUGUGAAAGGCAGGUUAAGAAGAGUCAAGAAGAGGAGAGGGGGAUUGUGAAUGAGAUAGCAUUGCUUGAGAGUGAGCUUAAAGAGUUUUACAAACAUCAACGAGCAUUGGUACAAGAGACAGAAAGAGCAAAGGCCGAGAGAGAUGAUCAUAGCGAUAAGCUGAGCUCUCUUAAGUUGAUGGUAUUGAAUAUUACACAAGAAAUAACGUGUUUGAAAACUCAGGUUGUGAGUGAUCCAACAAAGCUUAUGGAGCUGCUUGAAGAGAUGAGAUGCUUGAUUGUAAAGGAAGGAGAUGUAAUCAGGGGAUUGGAAGCAAAAAAGAUAGGGAUGAAAGAGAAGAUCGAGUUUACAGGACUGGUGAAAUGUGAUGUGAUGAAAGCAAUAACACUGGCGAUAGCUAACAAGGAUGCAGAUAAAGUGAUUGAAAGGACGAACAGAGAAAUAAGCGAGCUAGAAGCUCAGGUAAAGAAUAUUGAUUCUGGAAUCAAUGCACUGAAGAUAAGAUUGAGCCACGUGAACAGACAAAUAUCUCACAUUGAAUCGAAGAUUUUCAACCUGCAAGAUAAUGACAAGAGAUGCUCAGAGGAGAUUUCUGAGAAGCUUGAAAGGCUUAAAAGCAACUACAGUGCGGUUUCUGAGGAAAGGGAUGUGAUGAGAAAAAGGAUUGAAGAGAAUGUGAAGUUAGCGAAGAAUAUUGAGUAUGAGAUUGUCAAGAAGAAAAAUGAACACAUGAAUGAUGUGAUUGCUGUUCAAUCUACACUUUGCAGACUGAAGGACAAUAUUUUCAAUUAUUUUGCAGAAGCAAAGGGGAUGAUUGAAAAAGAGAUGAGUAAUAAUUAA